AUGAAUUCAACAAGGAUUGGAGCAGCCAAAGAAGCUCUUAAAGAAGAACUUGCUAAUCUUUUCCAUGAAAUGUCAAUUAUCGUUGAAGCACAAGAUCAAACAAUUGUGGACAUUGAACAAGAAGCUACACAAGUCAGUACUAAUAUGGAACAAGGUGCUCAACAUGUAGAUCAAGCAUUAACUAGUGCAAGAGCUGCAAGAAAGAAAAAAUGGUAUUGUUUUGGAAUUAGCAUAAUACUUUUGAUUGUUUUAAUAGUAGUCUUGUACAUAACUGUUAUUAAACCAAUGAUUGACAAAAAUAAUAAUAGAAAAUAA